AUGUCACAAUCACCAGCAGCGAAUGCACCGGCUUGGGACGUUUUCGACGUCAGCCGCCUGGUUGCCGUCAUCACUGGAGGUGGAUCAGGUCUUGGCCUCAUGUUUGCAAAAGCUCUCGAGGCCAAUGGAGCUGCUAAGGUUUACAUCAUUAGCCGAAAUUGGGAGAAGCUGGAGGCGGCAGCUAAGCAAGCGAAAUAUGGGCGCAUUGUGCCUUUGCCCGGUGAUGUGACUUCCAAGGAGUCCCUCCAGGAAUGCGCCGAGUAUGUUCGGGCGAGAGAGGGUUAUAUCAACCUCCUUGUUCUCUGUGCCGGUCGUCCUGGACCAGGGAUGGGCGAUGACAAGUCUGGCUUGAAGACGCUCGAAGAUUACCAGAAGUACUUUCUUGCCCAAGACAUGACAGAUUGGGCCGACACUUACAACCUCAAUGUCACUGCGUCCUUCUACACUGCUAUGUCGUUCCUCCAACUUCUUGACGAUGGAAACAAGGAAGGAAACUAUCAUGCUCAAAGUCAGGUUAUUACCAUGUCAAGCAUUGGAGCAUACACCAGAGGAUUGCACGGCUCUCUGGCAUAUGCGUUGACUAAGACAAGUGUGCGACAACUCACGCAGAGCUUGGCGACCCUUUUCAGCCAAUGGCGGAUUCGAUUUAAUGCUCUGGCCCUGGGCGGUUUUCGCUCGGAACUCACCGAACAAAUGGCACUAUUCAAGAUCACUGAGCCAAAAGCGGAAGAUGAUGGCUCUGUCCCGGCAUCUCGUUCCACGGUGUUGCGCGCCGGUCGGGAAGUUGAAGCUGCUGGAGCCAUCCUCUACUUGGCUUCCUUGGCCGGAGCCUAUACUAAUGGGGCAGUUUUGAUGGCGGACGGGGGUUGUGCCUCUGUAAUCCCGAGCACGUACAGCUGA